AUGACGGACGCUCCGAAGCCCAGUAGCAGCGUCAAGCUUGUACUACUGGGAGAAGCAGCGGUUGGAAAGUCAUCACUUGUCCUUCGAUUCGUCAAUAAUGACUUCCAAGAGAACAAAGAGCCGACUAUUGGCGCCGCCUUUCUGACGCAGAAGAUAUCGCUCCCAAACCGGAUCAUCAAGUUCGAGAUUUGGGACACGGCAGGUCAGGAGAGAUUCGCUUCGUUGGCACCUAUGUACUACCGCAACGCGCAAGCGGCACUUGUCGUAUACGACCUGACCAAGCCCACAUCCCUGACUAAGGCUAAACAUUGGGUCGCCGAACUACAGAGGCAGGCCUCCCCAGGCAUCGUCAUUGCACUGGUGGGCAACAAACUCGAUCUCUGCGCCGAAACCUCGAGCGACGCUUCAGGUGAUGAUUCCGAGGCUGCGACUGAAGACAGUCCGGAAGCCGAGACAGAGGCCGAUGCUACAGAAGAUGGUGAUGCACGAAAAGUCUCCACCAGGGAAGCCAAGCAAUACGCUGAAGAAGAGAGCCUGCUGUUCUUCGAGACCAGCGCAAAGACCGGCACCAAUGUCUCCGAAGUCUUCACAGCUAUCGCAAACGCUAUCCCAGAGACCUCGCUGAAGGGUACCCGAGGCGCGGGCAGCGGCACGCAAGCCGCACUUUCAGGUGCCGCAAACCGAGCCGACGAGGCACGGGUGAAUCUCACAGACCGUGCCAAAACACAGAAGGACAACUGUGCGUGCUGA